AUGUAUAAAAAUAAAAUUACCGAAUUAAAAUCAGAAAUCGACCAAUUAAAAAAAAAAUUAACUACUUACGAAGCUUAUAAAAAAGAUUUAGAUUCUAUUGAAGGAAUUCUAAUUGAUCUUCGUGAUGAGAACAAGAAAUUAGAUUUUCAAACUAUUGUUAAUUAUAAAGUUUCUCCUGCUAAAUUGAACGAAGCUCAACAAAAAAUUAAGGACUUGCGGGUUAGUUUAGGGAUUGGAAAAGAAUUCGAGGGCAUUGAUUUGCAAGAUGAUAUUGAAGACAUAAAAAAAAAAGAUGAUGCUAAUAAUCAGAAAAUUAGUAGGCUUGAAUCAAAGAGGGAUAAAUUGGAAAAAGAUAUUAACGAUUUAGAUAAAAAAAUUAGAAAAUUAGAAGAAAACGAGGAAGAUAACGAAGAUGAAAUAAGGAGAUUGAAAAGAGAAAAAAAUGGACUUGAAGAAGAUUUAAAAAUAAAGGAGAAAGACUUAAAAACAGCACGAGAAGAAAAGAAAAGAUUAUCAGAUGAAUUAGCAGCGUUAAAAGCUCAGCAACCCGCCACUCCUAAUUUACCAUCUGUUCCUUUCAAUGAGGAUGAAAAAAGAAAAUUAGAAAAGUUUCUAGAAGAUUAUAAGUCUAUGAAAAAUUUAUGGUAUAAAGAUAUUAUUAGUACUAAUAGUGAAGAGUACAAGAAGUUGCUAGCAGAAAUUGAAGACUUGAGAAAACAAUUAGCAAGCACCAAUCAAGAAAUUGACAAAAUAAGAAGGAAAAAUGAUAAUUUAAAAGAGCAGCUUAAUGCUAAUUAUCAAACUUUGCAAGCAGAAAUUGAAGAAAAAAGUGAAGUAUUAGAAAAAGCCAAAAUUAAUUUCUUAGAAAAGAUUGAAGACAAUCGAAAUUCAUCCGUUAAAAAGGCUUUUUCAGAUAUUUUGAAAGACAAAAAUAAUAAAUAUUAUACUGAAAAACUGGAAUCACUUUUAAAAUUUCAAGAAGAAAUAACUAGAGGUGGCAGCGAUUUCCUUACUGAUCAAAAAAAGAAAAUAAUUGCAGAAAUACCUAAAAAAUUUUCUGAGGAAUCAAAAUCACUUUGUAUUCUUCAGGAGGAACUCACUAAGUUAGAAAUGAAGAAAAAAGAUAUUGAAAAAGCUGGUCAAGUCCUCAAAACCGUAAUGAUAGCACCAGUUAUCCCCCCUCAAUUACGUAACAAAGAAAGUAGUCUGGAAGAUAGAAGUGAUAUUGAAAAAGGCAUUAAAUAUGAUAAAAUACACUCAGAAUCAAGAAAAUUUCAUUUACAAAAAAAUCAUAAAAUAGAAGAAUUCCCUACUAGACUUUAUAGUAUUCAAGAAAAUAGAGUGGUAGAGGCAAAAAACAACGCCAAUAUUAACAAUUAUGCCAUUCUCUCUUAUGUUUGGGGUGAAGCUGGUGAUUUACCGGCGGAGGAAAGGAAUGAACUAGAUAAUGGGGAUAAUGAAGACAAAAAUAAAGAGGUUCCCAAAAUGAGACAGUAUUAUUUUAAUAGUACAGUGACUUUGAUUGCCAUACAUACCAGUCUUGGUAGUGAAGAAGUCGCACAAGGAGAAGGUUGGCUAUCUAAGCAAACUCUUUUUAUGUUCGACAAUGCCUUAAUUGAUGGAAAUGGUUAUGAUGAAGAAGACCGAAUAUCAUUUACCCUCAAUCAAGCUUUGCGAGCCAUUAAAAACCGUGGUCGCGGUGUUUCAAUUGAUGGAAUCUACUCUAUUCUCGGCCUGUUGCCUUAUGGCGAUAAAGUGCCACAAAAAGAUUUAGAAAAAGCCUUAUUUGAUGUUAUGUUUACAGCAAUGAAAGAGGGAGGAUAUAAUGAAUAUUUUGCUUGGCAUGGAUUAGGAGGAGGAACAAGCAUUGAAGGAGGAAUAAAUAUUGUCCGUAGACAUGAUGAAGAACUUGACUUAGAAAAAGAAGAAAAAGAUAAAGGUUCAGUAAUAGACAGUGGUGCUUGUACUAGAAGUAUCACAGUAAGUUCUAAUGAUAACCAAGAGGAAAUAGAAAUAACAUUAUUAAGUACAAGUGAAAUACUCAAAAAAAGGAUAAAAUUAGGUGACAUUCUAUUGCUACUUAGCAAAGAAGAAUGA